UUCCGGAAGUGGCGCGGCGACCCUUCGCUUCAAACGGCCGCUCGAGCGUAGAGACGCGGCGAAAUGGCCGACGGUGUGGAUCACAUCGACAUCUACGCGGAUGUCGGCGAGGAGUUCAAUCAGGAGACUGAGUACAGUGGGCACGAUCAGAUAGAUUUAUAUGAUGAUGUCAUAUCACCAUCUGCCAAUAAUGGCGAUGCACCUGAGGAUCGUGAUUACAUGGAUAGUAUACCACAAUCUGUUUCGGAGGAUGGUGGCAAAACGUCCAACUCAUUGGGUCCAAAUAUUGUUUACACUUAUACGGGCAAGAGAAUAGCUCUGUAUAUUGGAAAUCUAACUUGGUGGACCACAGAUGAGGAUUUGACUGAAGCUCUGCAUUCAAUGGGCAUUACUGAUGUUCUGGAGAUAAAGUUUUUUGAAAAUCGAGCUAAUGGGCAGUCUAAAGGAUUUGCACUUAUUUGUGUGGGAUCUGAAAGUUCAUCCAAAAAACUGAUGGAUAUGCUUCCUAAACGAGAUAUGCAUGGACAGAAUCCUAUUGUCACACCCUGCAAUAAACAGUCACUGAGUCAAUUUGAAAUGCAGUCUCGGAAAUCUACUCAGUCUGGUCAAAUGUCUGGUGAGGGCAGGGCUGGGCCUCCAGGACUGAACAGUCGCUUAGCAUUUUCCCAAAGUGGAAGGGGACGCGGUCGCUUUCCACCCUCUGGCCCUGGUGGGGACAGAUUCCCAGGACCUUCUGGACCAGGAGGACCGCCUCCUUUCCCUGGCGAAUAUCAAAAUGAAAUUAGAAAAUACUGGAAAUACCCGGGAGGGCAAAUAGCAUCCAUGGAGAGAGGGCAAGGUCCGCCACGGCCACCUCCAGGUCCUCCUGGCCCACCAGGCCCACCAGGUCCGCCUCCACCUGGACAAGGUCUUCCUCCUCCAUUAGGUGGGCCACCAAAUCGUGGUGAUCGCCCUCCACCUCCAGUUCUGUUUCCAGGACAACCGUUUGGGCAACCGCCAAUGGGACCGCUCCCUCCUGGUCCUCCUCCACCUGUUCCAGGCUAUGGUCCUCCUCCAGGUCCCCCUCCUCCUCAGCAAGGACCUCCACCACCACCUGGUCCUUUUCCCCUACGUCCACCAGGCCCACUUGGCCCUCCUAUUAAUAUUGCUCCACCUCCACAUCUUCCUGGGCCCCCUCCAGGUGCACCUCCUCCAGCGCCUCAUGUAAAUCCUGCUUUCUUCCCACCACCGGCCAAUAAUAUAAUUCCUUCAUCUGACAGUCGUGGGCCUCCUCCAUCGGAUCCGUAUGGACGCCCCCCACCAUAUGACCGAGGAGACUAUGGACCUGCUGGCAGAGACAUGGAUUCUUCAAGGACUCCACUCAGUGAAGCAGAAUUUGAGGAAAUCAUGAAUCGAAACAGAGCGAUUUCCAGCAGUGCAAUAUCAAGGGCUGUGUCAGAUGCUAGUGCUGGUGACUAUGGAAGUGCUAUUGAAACUCUGGUUACUGCAAUUUCUUUGAUUAAGCAGUCUAAAGUAUCUGCUGAUGAUCGUUGCAAAGUUCUCAUAAGUUCACUGCAAGAUUGUCUUCAUGGGAUAGAAUCAAAAUCCUAUGGCUCUGGGUCAAGAAAACGAGAGCGAUCACGAGAGAGGGACCACAGCAGAUCAAGAGAGAAAAGCAGACGCCACAAAGAACGCUCGCGAAGUCGUGAUCGGCAUGAUGACUAUUACCGUGAACGAAGCAGGGAGCGGGAAAGGCAUCGUGAUCGAGAUAGAGACAGAGACAGAGAGCGGGACAGAGAACGGGAGUAUCGUCAUCGUUAAAAAAGGGAAGAACAAAAUCUACAUCAUGAAUUUUGACACAUUACAGCUGUCUGAAGAGAAACGUCUCCAGAUAAAAGAAACAACAAAGCUCUUCACGGAAAAGACUGCCCUUUAUCCAUCUUUGGAAUUUCAUGGUUGAACAGGAAUUCUCAGGCUACGUGGUUAAAUGGAGCAACAGUAACGAAUAAAGCAAAUCCACUGUAAUGGUAACUGAUUGCUCAAUAUUUUUUUUAUGUUGCUUGAUUAACCAUUUUAUUUGGACACAACCUGUGUGACUUAAAAGUUACUAAAAGCUUUGGCAACUCUUCGUAUUCUAAGCGUUAGACUACAUGACGUGUAAACAAUUAAAAGUCGUUAGCUUUACUGUUUUUAUAGUUCUUUCAUCUUGUUUUCAAAAUUGUUACAAAAAUGUUAAUGUUCAAAUAAUGACUGUAAGCAGCUCAGUUUCAGUUUAUCAAAAUAGAUGUACUAUUAGUGUUGUAAUAAACUGUUAAAUGGAUCCUAUGGUUGUGUAAAUUAUGCAAGUUCUCAUUCUGUUUCUUAAUGUUGAAUCAUUUUGGCUGUAUGUUGUGAUAUAUUAACUUGAUAAAUUCAAACGUGUAUAAUUUUCCCUUACAUUUCGCCCUUUAGUUAAAAUCCCAUUAUCGAUUUAAUAUAGAAGCAUCUUAAUGUUUUAAAAGACAUCCAGAUGUGGUUGAUUCAGAAUAUUUUAACAUAAGUUCUCUUCACACUGGGCAUAAAAAUCUCAGCAAUAUAAUCUGACAAACGCUACCUUUUUGUAGAAGAACAUUUCUGUUUUGUAUGUCAAACAUAGUAUUUGGAUUGAAAAUUUAAUUUUAGCAGAAGGACUUGUCCUGAUUUACAUUUUUAUAUGCCUCUAUUACCUCAUUUGAGGAGAGGCUUUGUUGUAAUUUAAUGCACACUAUUUAUUUGGGCCUGCCAAAUACUUAAGAUUUUUAGACUAAUUGAGCAGAUAAAAGACGAUCUCAAUACAGUUAGCAAAUAGAAGCCCAGGAUCUUUUUUCUUGUAAUGGAAAUUGAAAACUGUACUUGUUUUCAUUUGGUCUUGAGUUUGAAUUUUAAAAACUUCACAUUUCUACAUGCUGCAUUUUCCAUUUUGUGAAUAGAUUUCUCACUUUUGGUAGAAGAUGCAGUAUAUGUUCAGUAUUUUUCUAUAGUUCUGGUCUCAGAAAAUCAGCUGAAAUGGUAUCCAAAUACUUGGUCACAAGGGCAGUAUGUGUAGAUUGACUUUUGAUGGUUUUAAUGUUCUUGUACAUAUUCAGAACAAAGCAAGGAUAACUAACAGCUUUGACUGUCUGUAUAUUAGUGGUAUUUUUUGCACUGAAAAUUCAAAUGACAAAUAUAUGAAAGGCAACUAUUUGGCCAAAUGCAAAACUGUUUAAGAUGUUGAAGAAAGAUUUGGUGCCGAGGUGUGAUCGGUUGAAGUACAUGUCCGUUGAAAGAUGGUAUGUCAUGAGUUUUUAAAGUGAUGCAUUAAAAACACAAUUCGAUGGUGACUGUUUACGACAGUUAGUACUAUUUGACUUUCAAUUUGAGGCCCUUUUUGAGUUCUAAAGACCUCAACUGAGGCUUGGGACUUGGCUCAUUCCUUUUGAGAAUUUCUCCUCCUCUACAGAACAUAAUGCGCUUUAUAAUUUUAGCUUUAUAGGAAAUAUAAACAGAAUAUUUUCACCUAUCCCACAGAUUGUGUACCUCUUUUGGGCCAAUAACUAGCGGUAUUGAUGGUUUCUUUACAGUAGUUUGUUUUCCUUAAUGGUCUCCAAUAGUCAGGUUUACAUUUAGAUUUGCUCCCUCGCUGUUUGACAGUGCGAUGUUUGCAAGGGCAUGUGGUAGAAAAAUCCAGUUAUACUAUAUUUAAUCAUUACCUUUCAGAAUCUCUUUUAAUGAUUCCUCGCUGUAGUGAAUAGUUUAAGAUGGUUUUUCCUAGAACAGUCCCUUGAGUAAGGUUUACUUUCCAAUACCAGGUGUGUUUCCUUUCAGGCUAGGGUAACCGUUUUUUUUGGGUGUAGAUGGGAUGAGCGGGAAUAUGGUUGGCAGUAUUGUAAGAGAUGUGAUGAAAUGGAAGUAAGAGUUGACAUUCAUAUAAUUUUAACAAUUGCUUCAUUGUCUCUUGUAAUAAUGUGAAUGAUAUUAAUAUUGCAGAAGUCAGUGUCUACCAUAUUCUGUUUUCUUUAAAGAAGGUAACUUUUGUUCAGUAGCUGGAAUGCAUUUGGUCUGAAUUAGAAUUCGACAAAUGUAUGUUAUUAGUUGCAAACAUAGAACAUGUGCAUCAUGAAAGAGCUGUAUUAGGAAGCAGUAUAAUGUAUUUGUUUUUGUGAGAUGUU